GCCCGGAGGAGAUAAAAGACCAGAGAAAAAGAUACGGAAGGAGCAGCCAAAGGAAUGCGUGGACAACUUCAAAGCAGCCAAGGUUGGAGAGGGGAGGGAACUGCGACACAACUCGCGGUGGAAAGUCAGGGGAGGACGCCGACAAAACACAAGAAGUGGAACAGGUAGAGUUGGUAGUUUGCCACAAUUGGCGCUUUGUCAGCACGCCGACAAAACGGACGAGCGAGCGGGGGAAGGAGGAGGAGGAAAUUGCACGAAAAACAACACUUGACAGUUAAAUUCAACGCGACUCGGCUGGGAUCCAGAAGAUCAACUUAUUGGGGGAAAGACGUGCACGGAGCGCUGACAUCGGCGAGGGUGGCAAAAACAAACCGAAAGAAGAAACGCGAAGACGAGCGUGUCCGAAGAGGUCACACCGCGGUCUGAAUGCGAGUCGGACAAACACUGCGACGACACCAUGUUGACGAAAGAGUACCGCAUUUGCAUGCCGCUCACGGUGGAUGAGUACAGGAUAGGACAGCUGUAUAUGAUCAGCAAGCACAGUUGUGAGCAGAGCGGUAGUGGAGAAGGUGUGGAAGUGGUGAGGAACGAUUCAGACACGCACCCCGAACAUGGCCCAGGACAAGUGACAGAGAAACGAAUCUACCUCAGUAGUAAGCUGCCAGCCUGGGCGAAGGCAUUUGCCCCGCGGUUCUUCUACGUGACGGAGAAGGCCUGGAAUUUUUACCCGUACACCAUCACAGAAUACUCAGUAUCCUUUCUCCCCAAGUUCAGCAUCCGCAUUGAGACACGGUUUGAGAACAACAAUGGCUGCAAUGACAAUGUAUUCAUGGACGGGCCGACACCUGCAGCGGAUGUGACGUUCCUGGAUAUCCUGAGUGACCCCAUACCUGAAAAGCACUACAAAGAGUCAGAGGACCUGUCUCGCUGGCAGUCAAGUAAGACUCAGCGAGGGCCCCUGGAGGACGGCUGGAGGGAGGACCACCAGCCCAUCAUGUGCUCCUACAAGAGAGUGCACUGCAGCUUUGAGGUGUACGGCUUCCAGACCAAGACGGAGGACUUCAUACACAGAAACAUCCGGGAUAUUCUCCUGAUUGGUCACAGGCAAGCAGUCGCUUGGGUGGACGAAUGGCACGGGCUAAGCAUGGACGAGGUGAGAGAGUACGAAAAGAUGAUGCAAAACAAGACAAACACCAAAGUCAAACAAAAUACAGGAGCACCGGCCUCCUCCGCUCCCGCGUUCUCUCGCUCCAUGUCGGUGACGGACGAGCGGACCCUGAGAAGGAUGGGAGCGUCCGGCCCAUCAGAGGGCCCGACCGGUCCGCAGACUCCCCUCCGGAUCAACUCCACCUCCUCCGAAUGAGGACUCGCAACUCUGCGUCAAGCACAAAAACAUUUUUAGUGACUCGUGUUGACUCUGUCAGGUACUUAAAGCACAAAUAUGUUUCUUAAAUAAGGAAGAUUUCCGAUGACACCGUCAUUGAACGACAAUGGCACUCGGCGGAACCCGGACCUCCAUUAAGUAGGCUUGCUGAAUUGGGGUAAAAUCCAAGUCACAAACUUUGCAUGGGAAUUUAUGGAAAUAACAGGAAUAAUCUGGGAAUUUACAAAAUUUAAGGCUAGACACCAGCUAAGGGUGUAACCCGCCUCCCGCCCACAGUCAGCAGAGAUUGGCCCCGGCAUGUUUGCCACCCUAGAAAGGAGAAUCGAUAUGAAGAAGACAUGCACAGAUGUGAAUGAGUUAAGAGGGAACUGGAAAAUAGUUGGGAAAUAAAACAUGUAUUGUAGAGAUCUUUUAAAUAACGAGACAAGAACAAGCAACAUUUUACUUUAAUCGCCACAUAUAAAGAGUUUUAACAUCAAACAUCCAACCACUCCCUUUGAAGCCAAUAGCUCCCUUUCAGCCUAUCAUCUACAGACCCUCCCUGAAGAUACACGUGCCUGGUGAAUGUCACCCUCUUGUGGAUCAACACAGUACUACCUUGAUUUAUGACCAUCAGUUUUUUUCAAGUUGAAGUAUGUCAAUUUUUGUUGUGCUGUCAGCCAAAAUUUGAGGUCCAGUCUGAGCAAAUUUUAAAUGCCCUUGCAUGUGGGCUCGGAAAGCUAUUUCAUUUUUGCAUAGAUGUCUGCUUAUGGCACAAAAAAAAUCUAUUCAUAUUUGAAUUGGAUAUCCUUACAUUAAUUCCCAUAAUGCCUCUUCAUGUGUAUUUUGUGAUAGUGCCUUGUUUAUUGUAACACAGCAGAGACCUAAACUACGAGAGAGGGGAAAAAAUCCUUUUGUCUUUUAAAAUUCAGAGAAAAUGGAAAAGAUUCAUAUCCUAUUUGGAAUAUAUCGACACUACCCAACUUUACUGACUAUGCUGAUUCACUUGAAACGUUCUGUGAAUUUGUCCAGGAUUUUCCACCCAUUUCCAACCCACUGCUAAGAUCGAACAAUAAUAAUUUUGAUGUGCAUACAUGAUGUACUUCAUGCAUACAGUAUUACUAGAACAAUUCAUUCUAAUGAAAUACACUUCAAACUGGAUUUACACCCAAAUUGCACGGUUGCUUCCUGUCCUAAUCUCUUACGUGGGAGUUUCAUCAGACAAACAGCACAUUUUGUCCGCUUCCGACCUUGCGAGUCAGUACAUUUUUCUGUUUUAUGACGAGUCAUCAGACUUCAGUGCACAGCUCCACCCACAUGCAAUAACAAAAACAAACAUUUUGUCAUAUUCGGAAGGAAUCGGACAAAAUCAUUAGGGCUUGCAGUUUAUUUUUGAAGGACCUGUUAAAAUGGCUGCCCGUGACAGACAUGCCUAUCACGUGUCACAAUGCUGAGUAAAACUUUUUUUUUCAUCUUUUUUUUUUUUUUUUUUUAAAACAAUUCCUGAAAGUUGCUGCCCAGCAAAAUUAUGACUGUGGAAAAGCCUUAAAAGUUGUGAUUUAUUUAUCAAUUUCCCUUGCCUGCUGGUCGUAGCUGUAAAGAAUUCUACAGACCGCCGGGCAGGCUCCGGCACGCAGCCUACAGACAGAUGCAGGAAGUGUUUAAUAGAGCGGAUCUAAUGAGAGCGCGGGCGAAGACGAGGGUGGCUGUCAAUGCUAUGGAUCUGCCUCCCCCUGCGACCCGGCCCAUAGGUCGCAGAAGGCAUAUUGAUGCGACGUAUCGGCGCUUGAUCUCUUAGCUGAGAGUUGCAAAGUGAUCAGGCCGGGGCUAAACUUCAAUUACAAAUCAAUAAUGUGGCCGUUCACGAGAUUAUUAGCUUCAUUUCCAACUAGAUGACAACGGGUUAUCUGCAAGAAAGCAGUUUGUGUACAGUAGUGUUGUAUGUAGCAGACUAUUUUCUAUGUAUAAGGUGGGAAAUGUAACA